UCGCGACGCCCCAACUCCGUCCGCCUCCUCCUCUCCGCCACCAGCAGCCAUGGCGACCGAGCUCGCGUACGCCCCGCCGAUGAAGGCCGGCAAGGAGGGCUUCCAGGGGACGCAGGAGGUGCAGCACAGGAUCCGCAUCACGCUCUCCUCCAAGAGCGUCAAGAACCUCGAGAAGGUUUGCGCCGAUCUGGUGAAGGGAGCCAAGGACAAGAGCCUCAAGGUCAAGGGCCCCGUCAGGAUGCCCACCAAGGUGCUCAACAUCACCACCAGGAAGUCCCCCUGUGGAGAAGGUACUAACACCUGGGAUCGGUUCGAGAUGCGGGUGCACAAGAGGGUGAUUGACCUUGUCAGCUCCCCUGAUGUUGUCAAGCAGAUCACUUCAAUCACCAUCGAGCCUGGCGUUGAGGUGGAAGUGACCAUCAGCGACCAGUAGAAUGCGACCACUCCCAGCUUCUUGUAUCUGUUUACAAGUGUGGAGAGAAACAAGAUAUGUUUGAAACUUUGUAGUAUGGGAAACUGGAUUUUAUAUGACUAGGUUCUUUGCAUUCUGUUUCUGAGUACCUGUUGUCUAAGUUAUCAGCAUCAAUUUUCAUCG